AUGAAGGACUGUCAAAAGCCCUCUAGCUCUCCCCCUCUUUUUCUUCUUCUCUCUCUCUGUUUGACCUCUCCCUCCAUCAUUCCACAAGGGCCCUUUUUGUGUGGAGGAUCAUCAAACUCAUGGUUUAGAGCGAGGGAUCGCAGGGCAGUGUUCAGGAGGAGGACAGAACAGAGGUGUGCCUUGAACGGUAAAACUACACAACCCUGUUACUUGACUAGGCAGGUGGGCACAGGAACCAUGGAAAACGGCAAGUCAGAAGGUAAUUUCUGCUUAUAUAACCAAGAUGUCACCUACAGUACAGGUAUCACCAAUAUGGUUGAUUUUCUGAUUUGGCGGUAGUCACAAAGUACAGAGAGAGGCUACAGUAAAACACUGUUGUUGAUAAAUAUCUUAGGUGUGCUGUGAGUAACAAUGAUUGUUGUAUGUCUUUUGAACUGGUUACUUGGACAAAUUAACAGUUUUUAUGAAACAAGUUGUUGAUGGACAGUUAUUGCAACAGUUGGUAACAUAUGGUUCUCAGAACAUGCUAGCUGGGUACUGACUCUUAAGUGAUACAACCAUUGGAAGGACUUACAUUUUACUUGAAAGUUGGUUGUCAUGAAUUUGCGUCUACAGUGUUGUUCUUUCAGGAAUUUUGCAGUAUUCCUGCUCAGAAUAUGUAAUUCCAGCACAAGCUCAAAUGCAUAAUGCAUGACAAGCAGACAUUCAAAAUGACCUUUACGAUGUUGCUCGCAGUUUGGACAUUUGGCAUUUGAACAGAAACAGACUCUUAAUACAGUAGGGUAUUUCCAUUAUGGAACAAUUGUUUGAUUGUCUGAUGACACACAAUCCUUUUCUACCUUACCAUUACAUGUAGAAUUUCAGUGUUUGGCUAACUUGUAAUGGUUUUCUCUUACAUGAUUUACUGUGCAUAGGCUGCAUAGAGAGAUGUUGUGUUGGACAUCCCACAUGACUAUAUGAUUUGUCUUUGUCUAUUUUGAUCUGUAUCUCCAAAGAAUGGUUUGUGUCUGAGUACCUGAGGAUGAUCUCCAUAGUGAUGUGUGAGUGACAGGGAGCUACUGUAAGUCCAUAACGAUGUGUGAUUAACUGAUGGUCUUGACUUCUAGAACAAGAGCAGGAAAUGGAGGAGGCCGACCUGGAAAUUGCUCAGGUAACCAGCUCUAUAGUCAGUCCCUUUCCAAGAGACAGCGCUGCCUGUGUACAGUAUGUAGGAUCAAAACUACAUUGUAUUGUUUGUAUAUGGUUGUAUUUUAAAUGUGUGUGUCUGUCCUUGUCUAUCGGUCUAUCAGUGUUUUGUUACUUGUCAUAUUUUGCUGCUUCUGCAAAAGCUAAUGGGGAUCUGAAUAAACACUGCCAGAGAAAUGGAAAUAGCCUUGACUACGGCCUGUCUCUAAUCUUAUAUGUAUAUCAUUGAACUAGUAUACAGUAUGUUCUAACACAGUGCUACAUAGAUGUAAAAUAUCAUAACAGUACUGGACAGCUGUAAAGUACAAUACAAUACACUGACAGUGUUGCAUUGCUAUAAGGUAUGUGUUGUGUAUGUACUGCUACGCAGUCUAAAGUAGUGAGCAGAGGCAAGGUAUUGCACAGUAAUACGAUCUGUACAUCUGUAGAAGGGCAGCAGCCAUAUUGAAUCUGCAGCCGGAUGGCUUUCACAUGACUGAUCCACAGACUAGAGGAGAGGAGAGGAGAGGAGAGGAGAGGAGAGGAGAGGAGAGGAGAGGAGAGGAGAGGAGAGGAGAGGAGAGGAGAGGAGAGGAGAGGAGAGGAGAGGAGAGGAGAGGAGAGGAGAAGAGAGGAAAGUAGAGGAGAGUAGAGGAGAGUAGAGGAGAGCAGAGGAGAGUAGAGGAGAGGAAAGUAGAGGAGAGUAGAUGAGAGCAGAGGAGAGGAGAGUAGAUGAGAGCAGAGCAGAGUAGAUGAGAGUAGAGGAGAGGAGAGUAGAUGAGAGUAGAGUAGAGGAGAGUAGAGUAGAGGAGAGGAAAGUAGAGGAGAGGAGAGGAGAGGAAAGUAGAGGAAAGUAGAGGAGAGGAGAGGAGAGGAGAGGAGAGGAGAGGAGAGGAGAGGAGAGGAGAGGAGAGGAGGUAAAAGUAGAGUAGAGUAGAUGAGAGUAGAGGAGAGGAGAGUAGAUGAGAGGAGAGUAGAUGAGAGGAGAGUAGAGUAGAGUAGGGGAGUGAAGAGGAGAUGAGAGUAGAAUAGAGGAGAGUAGAGGAGAUGAGAGUAGAGUAGAGUAGGGGAGUGUUGAGGAGAGGAAAGGAAAGGAAAGGAAAGGAAAGGAGAGGAGUGAAGAGGAGAGGCGCGAAGGGGAGAUGAGUGAAGAGGAGAGUAGAGAAGAGGAGUGGAGGAUAGGCGUGAAGGGGAGAGGAGUGAAGAGGAGAGGAGCUGAGAGGGGUGGGCAACAGCCUGAAUCCCUGUCUGUUCACAUGAGCUGAUUCAAUUAUCUCUGUAGACUAAAUUCAAUAAAUCUCCACAGCCUAAGAACGGCCGCUACACUAGAGACAGAGAGAGAAAAAAGCUUGCCUCUAACUGGAGGGAAAAAAUGAGAAAUUGGGACACUCUCCAAACAACAACAACAAUGAUAAAAUAAGGAGGAUAAUGUGACUCAGUGGAGAGCCUUGUUGGAAACAAACCCUGUGCCAAAAUGAGCUGUGACCUCGCUGACCUCUGAUAGGUUAACUGCUGGGCCACGCAUGGCUGCAGUGAGAGAUUCACAGACACUACAGGACAGGAAGCUGCUGGUGAGGACUGCAUGGGGAGAACAUUGAUCUCCAAGAAGUCCAAAUUAAGCAGGAAUGUUCAAUAGACUCACCGUCAGUCUCGGUUAGCUCUCACCUCCCGUUUCUACUCUCCUUUUCUCUCCUGGUCCUCUGUCAUCUUAUUCCCCAGCACUCUCACCUCCCGUUUCUACUCUCCUUUUCUCUCCUGGUCCUCUGUCAUCUUAUUCCCCAGCACUCUCACCUCCCGUUUCUACUCUCCUUUUCUCUCCCGGUCCUCUGUCAUCUUAUUCCCCAGCACUCUCACCUCCCGUUUCUACUCUCCUUUUCUCUCCUGGUCCUCUGUCAUCACUCUCAACUCCCUCCUUCUUUUCUCUUUCAUUUCCCCAUCUUCCUUCUCUCAUCCUUCCUUUUCUCCUCUACUCUUUCUUUGUCAAAACAGCUGCUCAUUUCUCCAAGUAAUUUAUUCACCCCAACAUACAGAACCAAUGUAGUUACAGUAUGUUAUGAACAUUCUGGAGCCAUUAGUAAUGUCACAAACAACCAUCGAUAUAGUAACUACAUCCUGACCCCUAACCUCUGACCUGGUGUUCCAGCUGCAAGCCUUGGUGGCGGAGCUGCGUACAGGGCUGCAGGGGGUGUUACAGGACGUGUCUGCGCUGCAGCAGAGGGACAGGGGUCUGGAGGAGAUGGCCCAGGGCCAUCAGAGCGACGUGGAUGACAGGAUCAUGGGAAUCAGGAACUCUCUCAACACUUUUAAGGUACCCCACUUCCCACAUGACUUGAACGAACCUCACUGAUAUCUGAUACCAAAGAUUUGCCUGUUUGCCAUUCUUAUCAUACCAUCAAAUCAAAUCAAAUCGUAUUGGUCACAUACACAUACUUAGCAGAUAUUAUUGCGGGUGUAGCGAAACGCUUGUAAAGUGGAUUACGGUGGACUACAGUAAAAAAGUGGACUACAGUAAAAAAAGUGGACUACAGUAAAACCAGUAUCAGUCUCUAGCAAUUCUAGCAGGAUGCCUAACACAAAGUAUUACAGUAUGUUACUCUGUGGUACAUGUGGUGAACGUAGCUAGAUAUCGUAGUGAUGUGAUUGUGCUGUAUGUGGUGCUUGUGUUCAGGAGGACCUGAGCGGUGCUCUAACCCAGAUCAAAGAGGUUAGCAGCAGACAGAAAGAGCUACAGAAAGGCCUGGAGCUCCUCCAAUCAGAGACCGGCAGAGAGAUCCUGUCUGUUCAACAGAGGUACGUGACACUGAGACACGUUGCAUGCAUGAACAUUCAGACACACGUUGCAUCAUCACCUGACGUGAACUCACCACUCUCUGUUGCUUCCCCUUGGUUUUGUCAGGAAAAGCUCCAAAGGGGACUGCACUGGGGAGGGCCAUGGGUGUCUCUCCAACCAGACAGAGCUCAACGUCAUCCAGCAUUACUUUGCCAGCCUGCCCAGCGGCUCUCCACAGAGGAGCACAGCCUCCACACAGAGUGAGUUAUGCCUCUGAGGGACAGACAUUCAUAGCCGGUCCUGUAUGUGUCAUUGAUUGUAUUGACUAGCUGGUCCUUAAAGACCUAUUCAUGAAAGUCAUUGAACGUACUUGCCUCAGCUGACUCAAAUACCCGAGGGCAGUAUAGGGAUGUUUACAGCACAGGAAAGACAGUGGAAUCGAAUGGCAAAAGCUUGUGUUUUCUCACUGUGUGUACUGUGUGGUGCAGCCUCAGAGCAGGAGGCAGCCAGUGGCCAGCCCCAGAGGGGUCAGUCCAAGUCUCCAGUGUGGAGAGAAAGGAAAGAGAGCCGGGACGACACAGACGCACAGAGAGUGCCAGAGAACGGUGAGUGACAUCACCGCUGACGUUACACGCGUCAGUGACUUAUUCCCUUGUUACAGCACAGACCCCUACAUGAAAUUAUUUAGCAGUCAAUAGACAAAUUCAAAUGUAAUACUGUAGGUCACAGCUGUGUAAAAAGUACAGUUGAAGUCGGAAGUUUACAUACACCUUAGCCAAAUACAUUUAAACUCAGUUUUUCACAAUUCCUGACAUUUAAUCCUAGUAAAAAUUCCCUGUUUUAGGUCAGUUAAGAUCACCACUUUAUGUUAAGAAUGUGAAAUGUCAGAAUAAUUGUAGAGAGAAUGAGUUAUUUCAGCUUUUAUUUCUUUCAUCACAUUCCCAGUGGGUCAGCAGUUUACAUACACUCAAUUAGUAUUUGGUAGCAUUGCCUUUAAAUUGUUUAUCUUGGGUCAAACGUUUUGGGUAGCCUUCCACAAGCUUCCCACAAUAAGUUGGGUGAAAUUUUGGCCCUUCCUCCUGACAGAGCUGGUGUAACUGAGUCAGGUUUGUAGGCCUCCUUGCUCGCACACGCUUUUUCAGUUCUGCCCACACAUUUUCUAUAGGAUUGACGUCAGGGCUUUGUGAUGACCACUCCAAUACCUUGACAUUGUUGUCCUUAAGCCAUUUUGCCACAACUUUGGAAGUAUGCUUGGGGUCAUUGUCCAUUUGGAAGGCCUAUUUGCGACCAAGCUUUAACUUCCUGACUGAUGUCUUGAGAUGUUGCUUCAAUAUAUCUACAUAAUUUUCCUUCUUCAUGAUGCCAUCUAUUUUGUGAAGUGCACCAGUCUCUCCUGCAGCAAAGCACCCCCACAGCAUGAUGCUGCCACCCCCGUGCUUCAGGGUUGGGAUGGUGUUCUUGCAAGCAACCCCCUUUUUCCUCCAAACAUAACGAUGGUCAUUAUGGCCAAACAGUUCUAUUUUUGUUUCAUCAGACCAGAGGACAUUUCUCCAAAAAGUACGAUCUUUGUCCCCAUGUGCAUUUGCAAACCGUAGUCUGGCUUUUUUAUGGCGGUUUUGGAGCAGUGGCUUCUUCCUUGCUGAGCGGCCUUUCAGGUUAUGUCGAUAUAGGACUCGUUUUACUGUGGAUAUAGAUACUUUUGUACCUGUUUUCUCCAGCAUCUUCACAAGGUCCUUUGCUGUUGUUCUGGGAUUGAUUUGCACUUUUCGCACCAAAGUACGUUCAUCUCUAGGAGACAGAACGCGUCUCCUUCCUGAGCGGUAUGACGGCUUCGUGGUCCCAUGGUGUUUAUACAUGCGUACUAUUGUUUGUACAGAUUAACGUGGUACCUUCAAUGGUUUGGAAAUUGCUCCCAAGGAUGAACCAGACUUGUGGAGGUCUACCAUUUUUUUUCUGAGGUCUUGGCUGAUUUCUUUUGAUUUUCCCAGGAUGUCAAGCAAAGAGGCACUGAGUUUGAAGGUAGGCCUUGAAAUACAUCCACAGGUACACCUCCAAUUGACUCAAAUUAUGUCAAUUAGCCUAUCAGAAGCUUCAAAAGCCAUGACAUCAUUUUCUGGAAUUUUCCAAGCUGUUUAAAGGCACAGUCAACUUAGUGUAUGUAAACUUCUGACCCACUGGAAUUGUGAUACAGUGAAUUAUAAGUGAAAUAAUCUGUCUGUAAACAAUUGUUGGAAAAAUUACUUGUGUCAUGCACAAAGUAGAUGUCCUAACCGACUUGCCCAAACUAUAGUUUGUUAAAAAGAAAUGUGUGGAGUGGUUGAAAAACAAGUUUUAAUGACUCAACCUAAGUGUAUGUAAACUUCUGACUUCAACUGUAUAUGUCAGUGUGGUGCUUCUUUUUCACUCUGUGUGUGUGUUUGUGCGUGACUGUGUGUGUGUGCGUGCAUGUGCGCGCGUGUGUGUGACUGUGUGUGUGCGUGCGUGCGCGUGUGUGUCUGUGUUUGCGUGCGUGCGCACGUGUGUGUGUUUGCGUGCGUGUUUUUGUGUGUGUGUUUGUCAGGUAAGAGGCAGGUGGCUGCCCUAGAGCUGUUGGAGUCAGAAAGGGUCUAUGUGUCAUACCUGUCUCUGCUGCUGAAAGCCAACAUAACCUUCAACAGCUCAGAGGCCCUCCACACCAAAGACAAACGGUACUGUACCACAUUCUAUAUACGAUGUGGUAGCAACACUGUGGCUGAACUGUUUUGUUAAAGUUCACAGCAGCAGAGCCACCGGAUCGCUAUUACAUAUGUCCAAGCUUAAAUGAGGCUCGUAAACAUUUCACAAUGGGCCAGUGCACUAUGAAUUCAGAUUUAGGGUUAGGGUUUAAUAGUGCACUAUGAAUUCAGAUUUAGGGUUAGGGUUUAAUAGUGCACUAUGAAUUCAGAUUUAGGGUUAGGGUUUAAUAGUGCACUAUGAAUUCAGAUUCAGGGUUAGGGUUUAAUAGUGCACUAUGAAUUCAGAUUUAGGGUUAGGGUUUAAUAGUGCACUAUGAAUUCAGAUUUAGGGUUAGGGUUUAAUAGUGCACUAUGAAUUCAGAUUUAGGGUUAGGGUUUAAUAGUGCACUAUGAAUUCAGCUUUAGGGUUAGGGUUUAAUAUGUACUGAAUUCAGCUUUAGCGUUAGGGUUUAAUAGUGCACUAUGAAUUCAGCUUUAGGGUUUAGGGUUAGGGUUUAAUUGUGCACUAUGACUCAUGAAAGCAGAAUAAGUUAUAACUGUUGCUCUCAACAUUGUCCUUGGUUCGGUUCGUAAAUAUAACAAAGAGUACCCUCGUCUUUGGCACAGGCACGCAACUCAUCGACACAGGGGCUUAAACAGGAGAUACCGAUCUAAUUACAGUCAGGAGGACAUUAUAAAAGAGUGAGGAAAUGAAUAUAUUGAAUAAAGCAGCCAUUCAGAGGCAUUUUAAAGGACUCCACAGAGAGAUCUGACAAUGUAAUCCCUGUUUAUCUGGAGUACACAGAGACAUCUGAACACUACAUUUUAAACUCUGUCUUUCAGAGAGGAGCUCUCCCCCAGUUAUGUACACUAAAAUGUUUCCCUCAUUCAUAACCUCUGACCUUUGGAGUGUGUCUCUUCAUCUGGUUAAUCUCAAUUAACACUAAUAAGAGCAAUGAGGUAUAAUGUUUCUUUGGUGAAACUGUUGUCAGCCAACCGAUCAAAAUGCAAUCUUUCUGCUCGCUGAUUGUGCAUCACUAGUCUAUGCCUGUGUGUGAGGUCAUGUGUGUGUUCGUAAGUGCCCAGUGGCAGAACAGUUGAUCAUCUGUGUUCCAGAGUAGGGAGUCUGUCACCCACAGUUCAACCAUGAAUACAACAAAAUAUAAAUUACAGCUACUAUUAGCAUGCUAUGACUGUUACUAACACUGCUAUUACUACUCCCAGUAUUACAACAAAAAUAUUGGUCAAUUUACCUCAGUAAUCUGUCUACAAACACCAUCAUGUUUAAAGGCAUCUUUCAGUUCCAUAAUUUCAUCUCUGUCCUCUCCUUUGUCUCUUUCGGUAGUUAUCCGCGUCUAUUUCCCUCUCUUUCAUCCAUCCAUUCUCCAUAUCUUUUCACAUUUCUCCAGUUCUGUUUGUGCCUUUGUCAACUGGACUGUGUAUAUUUUCACUCUGUUUGAUCUGUUUUCCCACCUCAAUGCAUUGCCUUCCCAGUAGCACCUGCGUUCCGGUUCCCCUCUCUCUCUCCCUUUCUGCCCUCUCAACAUUCUUUCCAUUACCAUAUAAAAUUGUCUUUUAAACUGCUCUCUAGAUGGCUGCAUGUUGCUCUGUUCUGUACCUCUCUCCUGGCAGUGUAAUGUGAUGUGUGUUAUAUCUACCUCGUCUUUCUCUCUCCAGGCCGUUCCCCAGUUCUUUACGUUUCCUCAUCCAGCAACACCUGGAGCUGCUCCAUACCCUGCAGGAGAGGGUGCUCAAGUGCCAGUGGCAGGGCAUCAUGGGAGAUGUAUUCAUGAGGCUCACCAGCAAAGAGGUACAAACCUUUCACAGACACAAGUGACCCAUGAAGUCAUGGCUAGGGCCCCUGAGUUUUCUUAACCUGACCUGGAGAAACUCAGGGCUCUAGUUAUGGUGUCACAGGCUGCCUGCAAACUACAUAACUCCUAACAUACAGUUUCCAGCCUAUUAGGUGAUACUUGUAUUAGGACCAAUGUGUGUUUAAGUGGGUGGGACUGAUUGAAAGAGGGAAAUUAGUUAAAUGGUUGGAUUAGGAGUUAGUGGCCCCAGAGGAGACUGUCCAGGGGGAAGGCUGUGACUCAGUGCAUUCUUCUCACCAAUCACAGUGUCACAUCUGGAGCACUUCAAAUGAAUCACAUGUGAUACUCAGGAGAGAUGUGGGGAUUGGGGGGGGGGGGGGGGGGGGGGGGAUAGAUUGUGUCUCUCUGUUUAUGUUCCUGAUCAUUUCUCUAUCUACUGAGUUUCAAUGACUGUCUGACCGUCUGUCUGUCUCUAAUUCUCCAUCUUGCCGGUCUUCUACAGAGUGAUUUCCUGGACUUCUACGUGUCGUAUCUUAAGGAGCUGCCUGAAUGUCUGUCUGUGGUCAGCAUGUUGACCACCACCUCACUAAAAGCAGCCGGCCUGUUUGAGGUAAACUAGGAACACUGACCAACCAGGCAGUGUUAACCGCAACAACUGCAUAGAGCUACCCGCACAGAGCUACCCGCAUAGAGCUACCUGCAGAGAAGUAGUCACAAUAGUGCCGUUAUCCAGAAGGAAAGGGUUACUUCAGGAAAUCCUGUUAGAGUUAUCGUUGAGUAAAUCUCUUUCAAUUAACAACGAGCACAUGACAAGUAGACCUGAGUGAAGUUUAUUAUGACUUAGUUUUUUUAUGACAUUAUACUCACAGCCUUUAUUACAGGAUAACCUUUCUGGACAAUUGAUUUCACAUGAUUUCUGUGGAGACUUAUGUCAACUGACUGUCUCUUCUCUGAUUUACUGUCUGAUGUUCCAGGGUGACAUCAUGGGGGAUGAGACACGCCCCUCUCUCCACACUCUGCUCCUCCAGCCAGUACAGAGGAUCCCUGAGUACCUUCUGCUGCUGCAGGUUAGGCUCUCUCCCCUCCAUGACACUCGCAUCUGAUACAUACAUCCAGUACAUCACCAACCCAACAUAGGUGUUUGGAAAGAGCUGCCUUCACCAUCAUAGUAUCUUAAAUCAUAGUAUCUCAAAUCAUAGUAUCUCAAAUCAGAGUGGUGAUAAUCUCUCGUGGGCAGACUACGUAAACUUAAAUCGUACCAUAGAUCUUAGAUCUGUCUUUAUACUAUGGGAACUGAUAGCUAACGAGCAGCAAUAGUUCUGGUACUUGGGUUUUUCGUCACUGGUUAUUUAGACAAGUCCCAAUUUCGCAGGCGUUAGCAUCUUUCGAAUUUCGUCAGGGGUGGGGGGGCAUUCAGCCCAUAGACUUGCAAAGAGAGAGGGUGGAGCUCCUCGUUCAAGUUCUACUCCUCGUUGUAGCAUCUCUUAAUCUCUUCUAUUAACAUGUAUGGACCCAGAACUUAAUCGAACAUCUGACCAAUUACGCAAGUCUGUAGUUCUGGGUUAACUGACUGUAUGAACUGGUUAAUGCUAGGUUCACAUGAGUCCAUAGCGUCCCUGUGUGGCCUGGUUUGGUUUCAGACCCUGUUGAAGCAGACGGAUGCAGAGCACCCUGACUACUACCUGCUGCUGGUGUGUAUCCAGCAGUUCAGAGACUUCACCGUCCAGUACGCCCACCUACUGCAGCACAACCAAGAGCUGCUCCUGCACAACCGCAAGGAGCUCAAGAGGUCAGCUUCUGAUCCAGGCUCAGAUUUUGUGUUUUGGUAAGAGUGUGCAGAUGGGAAACAGGGUUCAGAUUAACUGGUCUGAGGACAGUGAACUGUGAUGGUAUACUUCAGACAUUCUGCUGUGAAUGUGACCAUAUAAAGAAGAAGAAGCUCCUUGCGGGGCUAAAUAUAGUUCCUUUCUUUUUGCAGGUCAACUAUGAAGCAGUUCUUCAAAAACGUGGACUGUGGUAACGUUAUGCAAGCCAAUGAGAUGGGCUCUCCUUACCCCAGCAGCAAUGCAAUACUGUGAGUUAUGGUCUGACUACACUCAGACAUUCAUAUUAGCAGUCAGUCCUUCAUGCAUUUCUUCAUGCACUAACUCUCUGUCUGUCCCACUGACAGUCUCCCCCUCUCCCCUCACAGAGAGCAUGCCAACCAGGUGAAACGCAGCAAGCAGCAGCUCCUGGAGCAGAUCCAGUCUACACGCUUCCAGGACUGGGAGAGCGAGGCCCACCACGCCGACUCUGCCAUCCCGUUUUUAUCCCCUGACACCGACGUUCGCCUCAAACCCCCUGGCCUGCAGAGCAUCCCUGAGAUGGGGUCAUCAGAGUGGCUGCCCAGCAAACGGCAGUCCCCGGGCUCAGCCAUGGCCGAUGACCUGGGGGAGUUCCUUCUCCCUGGGGAUGCCCCGGGCUUGGAGGGGCUGUAUGAGGAAACAAACUCGUCCCUUCACAACAUGUCCAUGUUUGACCAAUGCUCCAGCGCUUCCUCCGACUCUAGCAUCGACAUCGCCAUUGUGCGCUACCCCAAGAGCCACCAGGCCGUCCGUGAGGUCCACAACAGCGAGGGCAGCCGGGAGAGCGGGUACAAGCAGCUGCCUGGUCGGGGGUGUGUGUCUCCAGACGAGGCCGGAAUGACGAGCGUUCACCACCACCGCCCCCUGCAGGCCUCUCAGCGUAAGAGCAAGUCCCUGAACGGGUUGCAGCUGGACAGCACCGUGAGUGGGGACAGUGGCCCCGGACAUCUCUCUGACCACAGGGCCCACCAACACGCCAAGCUGGAGAGGCAGUCCAGUAAUAGAUAUCACCCACGCAGAAGCAAGGGCCAGAGCUGCAACAACCCCAUCAGCCCCCCGCAGCACACAGCAGAGCCAGAAAGACAGAUAGCAGUCACUGACGAGGAGCUACACAACCACCACAACAAGGUGGGCAUCAGGAAGUGGAUGGAUGGAGGCCACAGUUAACAAGCAAUGGGGUUGAGUUUAUGAGGAGCCCUAAGGUUGUUUAUUUUUUUUUUAGAUGGAAGAGAGCUGAUCAGCCAUAGACAUGAAUGUGAGAGUACUAUGGCCUGCUGGGAGGUUUGAGUGUGUCAAUUUGUGGGCCAUUUGUGACUAUGUACUAUACAGUGGGGAAAAAAAGUAUUUAGUCAGCCACCAAUUGUGCAAGUUCUCCCACUUAAAAAGAUGAGAGAGGCCUGUAAUUUUCAUCAUAGGUACACGUCAACUAUGACAGACAAAAUGAGGAAAAAAAUUCCAGAAGAUCACAUUGUAGGAUUUUUAAUGAAUUUAUUAGCAAAUUAUUGUGGAAAAUAAGUAUUUGGUCAAUAACAAAAGUUUCUCAAUACUUUGUUAUAUACCCUUUGUUGGCAAUGACACAGGUCAAACGUUUUCUGUAAGUCUUCACAAGGUUUUCACACACUGUUGCUGGUAUUUUGGCCCAUUCCUCCAUGCAGAUCUCCUCUAGAGCAGUGAUGUUUUGGGGCUGUCGCUGGGCAACACAGACUUUCGACUCCCUCCAAAGAUUUUCUAUGGGGUUGAGAUCUGGAGACUGGCUAGGCCACUCCAGGACCUUGAAAUGCUUCUUACGAAGCCACUCCUUCGUUGCCCGGGCGGUGUGUUUGGGAUCAUUGUCAUGCUGAAAGACCCAGCCACGUUUCAUCUUCAAUGCCCUUGCUGAUGGAAGGAGGUUUUCACUCAAAAUCUCACGAUACAUGGCCCCAUUCAUUCUUUCCUUUACACGGAUCAGUCGUCCUGGUCCCUUUGCAGAAAAACAGCCCCAAAGCAUGAUGUUUCCACCCCCAUGCUUCACAGUAGGUAUGGUGUUCUCAGCGUUCUUUGUCAUCCAAACACGACGAGUUGAGUUUUUACCAAAAAGUUAUAUUUUGGUUUCAUCUGACCAUAUGACAUUCUCCCAAUUCUCUUCUGGAUCAUCCAAAUGCACUCUAGCAAACUUCAGACGGGCCUGGACAUGUACUGGCUUAAGCAGGGGGACACGUCUGGCACUGCAGGAUUUGAGUCCCUGGCGGCGUAGUGUGUUACUGAUGGUAGGCUUUGUUACUUUGGUCCCAGCUCUCUGCAGGUCAUGCACUAGGUCCCCGGUGUGGUUUUGGGAUUUUUGCUCACCGUUCUUGUGAUCAUUUUGACCCCACGGGAUGAGAUCUUGCGUGGAGCCCCAGAUCGAGGGAGAUUAUCAGUGGUCUUGUAUGUCUUCCAUUUCCUAAUAAUUGCUCCCACAGUUGAUUUCUUCAAACCAAGCUGCUUACCUAUUGCAGAUUCAGUCUUCCCAGCCUGGUGCAGGUCUACAAUUUUGUUUCUGGUGUCCUUUGACAGCUCUUUGGUCUUGGCCAUAGUGGAGUUUGGAGUGUGACUGUUUGAGGUUGUGGACAGGUGUCUUUUAUACUGAUAACAAGUUCAAACAGGUGCCAUUAAUACAGGUAACGAGUGGAGGACAGAGGAGCCUCUUAAAGAAGUUACAGGUCUGUGAGAGCCAGAAAUCUUGCUUGUUUGUAGGUGACCAAAUACUUAUUUUCCACCAUAAUUUGCAAAUAAAUUCAUAAAAAAUCCUACAAUGUGAUUUUCUGGAUUUUUUUACCUCAAUUUGUCUGUCAUAGUUGACGUGUACCUAUGAUGAAAAUUACAGGCCUCUCUCAUCUUUUUAAGUGGGAGAAAUUGCACAAUUGGUGGCUGACUAAAUACUUUUUUUCCCCACUGUAUGUGUGAUAUUGUUAUAGAACACUGGGUGUAUUUUCAACAAAUGUUACUCCUUUACGUAGGACUCUGGGAGCCCACCCUGGGGGGAGGAGCCAAGAUGGAAGGCUGGGGGGAAUAACCACAUUCCCUUCAGUGAGAGGAGCCGGAAACAGGAGAAGGGAGGAUUCAGGAGCUCUUUCAAGAAGCUCUUCAAGAAAAAGUAAUACAUGCUGGAAAUUCUGACCAAAACAGAACAUUAUUGGCAGUAUCAAAUUCAGAAAGCCAACAUCAUCCUACACCUUAUUUGACACUGUCAGUAAACAAAAAAACUCACCACUAAACCAAUUUCCAUUUAGUGUUUACGUAGAAAAAGAAUUUAGUAUGCCACAAAUAAGGCUUGAAAGCUUUAACGUUUUACAAUUUUUCAAGUUUCGAUAGACAAUGUUCGUCUGACAAGUCGUGCUGUGAACAUCUCUCCUCUUGUAUCAAGAGCACUUUACAGCACCAUUUAUUUACAGGAGCUAGGAAUAAACAAUGCUUGUUAAACAGAUGCUGGAAUUACUCAAGUAAUGCUGUAUGGUGUAUCCAGAUUCUUCAGCAUAUUAGCGGUGCAGUAACCUCAUCUAUACUGUGUGUCCUCUAGGUCGGGUGGAGGGGAAAAGGACAACGAUAAGCCAGAAAGUCAGAACUGCAGUGAGCAAAGGCCAGGCAAUACCCCAAGAGUCGCCCACCUAGCCAUCGACCGUGGCACUGCCGUGUGA